ACGCGUUUACAUUCCGCAUUUGUUAGUUAGUUCCCGUCGCUUGUUGCUGCCAGAGGGAGUGGAGAGAAUUCCUGCUGUAUAAACGUUAAAUAAACAUCGAUAAGCUAUAGAUUUGAUAAUUGUUUGGCUUGUUAUUAUCAAAUGUCAUGCAGUGUCUUAAUGCUAUCGAUUAACGUAUUCAAAUAAAAAUAUGGCUCACCUGGAAUUGGAUAUAAACCGCUCGAAAAAUGCAAACAGGUAUUAUCAAUGGCAUAACAAUAAUAGAAUGCAUUGUUGCAAUGUGUUUCUAACCAAAUGAACAUCAUCGUGACUGCACUAACAUCAACAACCCAGCGGUGAUUAAAAGCAAAUAUAAAUCAAAACGUCGACAUUUACGAAUUUUAGAUAGAAAAAUCUAACGGUAGUUCCAGAUCAAAAGAUAUAUACAUAAAAAGACAUCAUGCAGGUUCCCGAGCACGUUGUCUCCCUCUACAUUGCCACCUGUGGCCAGAAUGGACCCGGACUCGGCUCUGAUGAAAAGGAAAUCAUAUUGCUCGUCUAUGUUCUGUUGGAGGUAACCACGGGACAGAUCAUUGGCACCAAACAAAUACUCGUACGCCCCGAUGGCUACUUCAUCAAGGAUCGCACCAUAUCCAGCUCAUCGGAUAACUCGAAUGUUACCAACAACACAGCCUGUUCGCCUCCCUUGGCCAUCGGCUAUGUUGGCGACAAUAGCUCUAAUAGUAACAACAACAGUAAUAAUAAUACAAUAAAUAAUACAACGAAUAGCAUCACAAAUGUGGCAAUCAGCGGGAACAGCUCCAGCCCCAGCAAUGGCAUCAGUCUGACCACAUUGGAGAACAGCAACGAACUCAUUCUUCCCAUUGCCGAGGCGCAGGCUGCUGGCAAGCCCCUAACCGAGGCUAUCGAGGAGUUUGACGCUUAUUUACGCUCACUAUCGCUCAUCGAUACAGAGAUCAAGCUGAUCACCGAUGGGCAGCUGCCGUUGCGCCAGUGUCUGCAUCGGGAGGCCUGUGCCAAGGAUGUGGAGCUGCCUGCCUAUUACAAUCAAUUCAGCGAUCUUCGCAAGGAAUUUCAGCGUUACAAGUCGGGUGAUCUGUCACGUGCUCUUGUCCCCUUAAAGGACAUCAAAAAAAUGUUGCAAUCUCCAACAUUGCCCCUACCGCAGUCCAUUGGUGAAAUGCUGAAAGAGCUCAAUGCAACUUCGGUAGAAGAUAAUGACUUUUAUAUACGCGAAUCUCGCGAUAUGGUCACUGUGAUUCAAACAUUGCUCCAAGCGGGUCAUAAAUUUGAUACAAAUGAGCUCGUUAAUCUGGUACUCGAACCUGGCAUUUGCUCAAUUGACGACGAGGUUGACGGCAAUUGCAUUGUGCGGGCCCGUGGAUUGCCCUGGCAGAGCAGUGAUCAGGACAUAGCCAAGUUCUUUCGGGGCCUCAACGUAGCCAAAGGCGGCGUUGCUUUGUGUCUGUCGCCGCUGGGUCGGCGCAACGGUGAGGCAUUGAUACGCUUUGUAUCCCAGGAGCAUCGUGACAUGGCAUUGAAACGGCACAAACAUCACAUUGGCUCACGCUACAUUGAGGUGUAUCGGGCUUCUGGCGAGGAUUUCCUCGCCAUAGCCGGCGGUGCAUCCAAUGAGGCUCAAGCGUUUCUCUCCAAGGGCGCCCAGGUGAUCAUAAGGAUGCGUGGUUUGCCCUACGAUUGCACCGCCAAGCAAGUGCUGGACUUCUUCACCACUGGGGAGUCGCCUUGUCAUGUCCUGGACGGCAACGAGGGUGUUCUGUUUGUGAAGAAACCGGAUGGACGCGCCACCGGAGAUGCCUUUGUGCUGUUUGCCAAUGAAUGCGAUUCACCAAAGGCGCUGGGACGACAUCGGGAAUCGAUUGGACAGCGGUACAUUGAACUCUUUCGAUCGACAACGGCGGAGGUGCAACAGGUGUUGAACCGUUCGAUGGACCCGAAGACCUAUGAAUCGAAUAACCACAGCCAACCGCCACUGAUAGCACAGUUGCCCACCAUGCAGUUGCCGUUGCUGCCGCAGGUGGGUCCCGCCUCCGGUGGUCACGCCCUCAACCCGCUGACAGCCAGUGCUAGCCACGCUAACCUGUGCUCAUCACUUACCCAUGCCCCACAGCACCUCAUCACGUCCGGCACCACCAAGAACUGCAUACGACUACGCGGUCUGCCCUACGAGGCCAUGGUGGAGCAUAUUCUUCACUUUCUGGACGACUUUGCCAAGCAUAUCAUCUACCAGGGCGUUCACAUGGUCAUCAAUGCUCAGGGUCAGCCCAGCGGGGAGGCCUUCAUCCAAAUGGACUCGGAGGAUUCGGCUCGACUUUGUGCCCAGCGCAAGCACAAUCAAUACAUGAUCUUUGGCAAGAAGCUGCGCUACAUUGAGGUCUUUCAGUGCUCGGGGGAUGACAUGAAUCAAGUGCUCAAUGGCGGCCUUGCCUCACCCGUUGCACCGCCCCAGCAUCCUGGGCAUGCUCAUUUGGCCGCUGCUGCCGCCGCCGCCGCCGCUGUUGCUGUGGGCAAGCAGCAGUCGCUGCUAUCUCCGGGUAUGUUAGCUCAACCGCCGCCGCCACCCACCGGCGCACAGGGAAUUAGUUCACACUCCCACACACACACACACGCACACGCACACUCACACACACACCCACACACGCAUGCGCACGCACACACACAUGCCGCUGCCGCCGCAGCCGUCGCUGCAGCAGCUCAUCAUGCGUUGCAAGCAUCUCCAGUCGCUGGCCACGCCUCCCUUAACACUGGUACGCCCAGUGGCUUAGCUAGCUUCAUGUCCGCCCCAUCCACAGCCACCAUGUCCACUCAUUCCUCAUUGGGUUCCCUGUCCAGCAGCAGUCUGGCUCCUUCCGCUCCAGCCGGUUAUCCCUUUAAUAUCUCAGGUAGUCAGGCCGCUGCUGCCGCCGCCGCCGUUGCCUCGAAUCCUGCGCUGAUCGCCCAGGCGCAGGCGCAACAGGCUCAGUUUAUAGCCCAGCAGAGUCUUAUAGCUCGUCAGCAGGCGGCUGCUGUGGCCGCCGAGCAGCAGCAGCAACAUCAGAUGUAUGCGAAUGCCGCCAUGUUGCAGCAACAUCAGUUGUACAUGCAACAUCCGGGCGCUGCCGCCGCUGCUGCCUCUGCCAUGGGCGCCCAGCCUCAGUUUGUCUUCAUGCAGCGUCCCUACCUGCAACCCUUUCAACUCGGCUACAUGCCCGCCACCGCCGGCGGAUAUCAAUUUGCAAGCGCCGCCGCCGCUGGGGGCGUACCCUCAGCCGGUGGUGCUGCGGGCGGUGGUGCGGCCAACGCCGGGUUGGCCCUUCAAUCGCACUCGAUGAAGCGAUCCUAUGAGAACGCCUUCCAACAGGAUCCGGCUGGAGCAGCGGCUGUGGCGAGUGCUGCUAAACGGGCUUUGACCCGAGCACCCAGCAACGUCUACUCCUACUAUAAUCCAGGCAUUUAGUAGCUCAAUCAUCAUUGAUUGAUGUAACAAGCGGUCGGCAAAGAAACAUACAGUUGCAUAGACAUCUAUUAACAUGAUUAAUUCAUAUUUUGAGAUGUCAAACAGCAUUUUUAUAUAUACAUAUAUAUAUAUUAAUUAAUCAAUCGGAAUUCACUGAUUGAUGGCAUUCGUUUUGCAUCUGGAAAACUUUAACACUUCAAGAACAUUGCAAAUUAGUACCACAGCUUAAAUAUUUAGAGACUCAAUCAUGAUUGAUUGACUGAUCAAUCAUGACAGAUUAAUAUUUCAAUCAUGUUUGCAAUCAUGGCAUCUAGAAAUACAAUUUCAACCCUUUUAUCACAUUCAAAACUCAUAUUAUUCUAAUAUCAAUCAUGAUUGAUGUAUAAAUUAUCAAUCAAAUUGGAUUAAUAGUUUCUCAAUCAAUCAUUUAUGAUUGAUAGAAACUCCAACGCUUCAAGCACAUUCCAAGGCGACAAUGUUUGCAAUGCACGAUGACUGGCUAAAUAUAUAUCUUAUAUAUACCCAUAGCUCAUCUUGGCAAAUCCAUACAAACUCAGACACUCACACUCACACACACCCACAAACACAUACACAUACCAGACAUUUUGUUAGCGCUUAAAAAUCGUUUUUAUCGUACAUUUCUUAUAGUAAAAUUUUUGUAGUUUUUUUAAGUCUUUUAAAAAGUAAAUGAAAAUUAAUUUUAAGCAUUUUGUCUAUGGUCUAAGCAUUACUUAUACUCUGCACACAUAUACAUAAUUUGCACAUACCAACACAGACACAACACAUACACAUAAACACACACACCUACAAAGGGGCAGCUAACAAAUAUGUUAAAAAAAUCAAAACAAAUUAUCUUUUCUUUCACUUUUGUUCACUAAAAAAAUGCCUAAUUCUGGGCAAAUUUGAUUACUUAAUUAAGCUAUAUGUCUGUGUAUGUGCUUGUGUGUGUGUGGGUGUAGUUGGUGAGUGUGUGUGUGUGUGUGUGUGUGUGUGUGUCAGCGCAAUUACAACAGCAACAACAACAGAGGCUAACGUUCUUCAAGCAGCGAGCGGAGUUAUUCAUCAUGUCUGUUUAUGUGUGUGUGCCACGCCCAUGAAAGUGCAAUCUAUAAACUAAUAUUUAAGCAAAGGCACACACGCAUACACACACACACACACACACACACACACUCGCACACUCGCUGCCUGAACGGCGUCAGGUGUUGGCUUAUGCGUGAAUUGAAAUGUGCAACAGAUUCGACACGAAAAAACAACCUACCCAAUACUGUUUUAUAAUGCGACAACUUAGAUUUAGUAAUAAUAAUAAUAAUAAUAAUAAUAUUAAUCAUAAUAAUUGAUAAUAAUAAUAAUGGAAAGAAAAGAGAAAAUUGUAGUUCUAAGUUCGUACAACUUGUAAAAUUGGUUGGCAUCAGCGUUAAUAAUUUACAUAUCUCGUAAGCAUUAGAAAACUUUUCCUAUGUCUUCUCUUGUUGCGGCAUGCCACAGCGUUACGAGUGUUACGAUCUAGCUAGACAUUUAUCUAUGUUAUCUUUCUAUUUAAUAUGUAAUACUAUAAACAUUUAUCAACAUAUUGCUCAUUUUGGGACUAGCUUAAAUCGUAACGCUCGCUGUUGCUAGCUGACAGCUCUAACACUCCAUUUGAAAUUGAUUGAUCGUUAUGGAUAUUUACAUAUCGUAAUAUUGUAAUAUCGUAUCUGUAUCUGCUAUCUAUAAGUGUGCGUAACUGGUGUUAGUCGCAAAAAUUGGAAUCUAGCUACUAUUCGAUAUUCGUUUAUCAAUAUUGAAUUUAUUUACUGUGUGUUCUCUGUCAUCACUAAUUCUUAGUUUAUAGUCAAAAUUCUCUGUCUCUCUCUCUCCCCCACUCUCUCUUUCUUACUCUCUCUGCCCUAUUAAAUAUCAUUAUUAUUAUUAUUAUAACUAUAUCUUAUCGUUAUACAAAAAGGGAACUCCACAAAUUGCUUAUUAUUAUCAUUGUACGUUCGUGAUAUGGUUAUGGAUAUUUUGGGUAUAUGCUCUAGAUAUACUACUAUAUAUGUACACCGUUUGUCUGUCAUUGUUUUCGUUCUUAACUACACAUGAUCUGACUGUAGAUAUUAUCAUACAGUUAGCAAUUUCGAGCAGAGAGCUGAACCCCUUUCACAUUCACUAGCGCUGUAAUACUAUCGCUGAGACCCAGAGAAGUUAACAUCAUACCGUCCGAAAUUAUAUCAAUUAGUUACAAUACAUGAAAAUACUAUCGAUAAAGUAUCGAUAUUGAUUUAAUUAAAUUAUGUAUGAAAGUUUUCUAAGGACAUUUCAAACAUAAUAUAAGCAUUCCUAUACUAUCGAUAGUUUUGCAGCUAUACUUUUUACCAAUCCUAACUCCACUUCUGCGUCUAACAAACAGUUCUGCGCUGCUUACGGCAUUUCCAUGAAAAUUUAAAAGACAAGAUACCUUAUAAAUGUAUCUUAAAAGCAUGGGAAAGAUUUUCAUAGCUUAAUAUUUAGUUUAAUUGUUAGUUAACUCUUAAUGCAUAUACAAGAAUCGAGUGGUUUUCCAUUGGUUUUAUUUUUAGCAUAAAUGCAAUACACAUUUAUAAUAUCUUUUUGGCUUCCAUCCGAAACUCAUAUGCAGCCAUAAAAAAAAAAACAACAACAAAAUAAUUAAUUAAUAACUUAAUUAGUUUUAAACGCACAAACAAAUUUUUACAACAUUUUUUGAUAUUCAAUGGAAACUUUUAUUAAUUUUUUAUACUUCAAUAAAAUAUUUACAUGUCGCUCUAUACAUUCAUAUAUCUUGCAAUCUCGUCCCUCUACUUCUCUGUCUUUUUCUGACUUCCCCUCACUCUUUCCUUUAAAAUGUUCACUUUACUAAUGUUUAAUUAAUUUAAAAAAAAAAGACUUAUUAAAUCUUUGCUAUCAGUACGGUCCUUAUCCCUCCCUUUUUCCCUGUAUGUCUCUCAAUACAUUUCUUCCCUAUUCUCUCUCUCUCUCUCUCUCUUAUCAGUCACUUUGUCUCUGCUCUUGGAGAUAUAUUUGUAACUUGGGUCUUGGGCUUGGGUCUAGCUUUAUACGUAUUUUCAGGCGCAUCUUCUAUCUGGUCUGUGAGGCCGUUGCGGUGUUUUUUGACGGCGUUACGAGAGUUGCCUACAAAUUGGUUGAUUUCUUUGGAUUGAAAAUUCAAGUGUCCUUUCACUACCCUCUUUCCCUCCUACUUUCACUCUUUCUCGUGUGAUGGCAACUCUGUAAAGUCGUUUAAGUAAGUGGGCGUGUCAGUCAGUAAUACUUAUGUAAUACCCACUAUACUGCUAUACUCUCUCUCUCUCUUUCUCUUAAGACACAAGCAAACACUCGCAUUUUUGUACGUAACAACAACAACAACAAACAUAAAAAGGAUUAAGCUGCUCUGCUGCUUUUUUGUAACGCGUUGUGGCAACUCUAACUAUUUUUUUUUGUGUCUACCAUAACGAUAACGAUAACAAAUUCUCAUUCGCCGUCGUCCUGUUUUUGUCAGUGGUCCCCCUUCAGCUCUGUGUGUGUUGUUUUGGUAUUAUUUUUGGCAUUUUGUAUACUUUGAUUUUGGUUUUGCAUACGAAAAACAUACCAUGAAAAUAAUAAAUGAUAUGUUAUCCUCUUGAAGGCUGGUUGGUGCUUGGAUUAAAACAGAUGGGAAAUUGAAAAACAUGUUUUAAGUUUUACACUGUGCGCAAAAAUGUAUUCAUGGUCUCUGGGUAAAGUGGUAAAUAUAUACAUGCAUAUAUACAAUAUAUAUA